ACAAGAUGAGGCGUGGAGAGCUCUAUCAGAAGCAAAAGAGGGAGAAAAUGCAAGAGAAGCUUAAGAAGCGCAUAGCACGAGCAAAGGCCGAACGAAAUGACCCUGAGGCAAAGAAAAGACGAUUGGCCAUUAAUGUUCCUAAAACCCUCGAUAACAUGCGAGAGCAUGAUCCCUCUAUGCUCCAGCCCAUUUCUCGGCCACUACCAUCCACAUCAGCCUCUACCUCCUCUGCGACGGAGGAAACUCCCAACCCCCCCGAAGACUUGCCAGCGGUGGACGAGGAAUAUGAUCUCGACAUAUCUACUGACCCAUUCACUUCUUACUUUUCGGGCGAAGUAAACUCAGACACUCCUCCAAAAGUUCUCAUCACUACAUCCAGUAAAGCCACCAAAGUCACUUAUGAAUUUUGCGAAGAACUUGUCAGUGUUGUUCCUGGAGCUGAAUUUAUCAGACGAAAGCAGAAUCAAGGAUUUGAGAUCGGGAGGAUUACUGGUUGGGCUGCGGGGCGGGGCUACAGUUCAUUAAUUGUUGUCAAUGAGGAUAGGAAGAAGUCUAACGCACUCGUAAUGAUUCAUCUCCCACAUGGACCAACAGCACAAUUCAGGCUGACAUCCGUGCAGCUAACGCAGGAGAUUUCUGGUCGUGCCCGACCUAGCCCUCAUUAUCCUGAACUCAUCUUAAAUGGGUUUGUCACACGGCUCGGCCACGUCGUUGGCCGCAUGUUCCAGACAUUAUUUCCGCCGUUACCAGAGUUUGAGGGCCGACAAGUCGUUACGCUACACAAUCAGCGAGACUUCCUAUUUUUCCGACGCCACAGAUACAUGUUCGCUUCAGCGGACAAAGCUAAAUUACAGGAAAUUGGACCUCGUUUUACGCUCAAGUUGCGCUACAUCAAAAAGGGGACGCCUGCAGUCAAGCAGCUUGGGGCCGUACCACCACCGCUCCAGUUCGACGUCGAUGCAGAAGAUGAGGAUGAUAAGGAGGAAGUUCCUGCCUCAAACGAGGAUACAACGCCCGGUCGGGUGGACGAAACGACGCAGAUGGAGGAAAUGGUUGCUCCGAUCGCUCCCGCAGCACCACAGGCACCCAGUCAGCUUGCUAAGGACGAGGAGUAUGUCUGGAAGUGGAAGCCGAAGUUGGAGGUUACAAGACGGACGUUCUUCCUAUGAUUCACAUUACAUCCAGAAUUACGCUCCCCCCCCGCUCCAAGUUUCUGUACAGGCAUCAUUAGUUUUACAACAUUAUCAUUCUGACAGCCAUGGUGACCACCAUUUUUUCAUGGAUUGAAAUCC